AGAAAAGCAGCUAGCUGGAUAGUUGGUAGGGAAAGAAAGAUAGAACUAGGCGAGGCAUAUGGAUUAUGGAGGUGAUUCCGCCCCCUCUCUGAUCGGAAAUGAAGGACUCUAAUUGAUGGAUGCAUGCUAAAUUAACUAGUCUUCAUCUCCCUUUCAACUUCCAAUUUCCUAUACUCAUCUCCUUUCCAUGGGGAUCUGCAUGUCCUUGGAUCAGCCUCCCCACAUCCCACAAGCCCUCCAACCUGUUGUUGAAGCUCAGAAUGUGCAGGUUAAUAAUCAACACUGCAACAAUAAGAACAGUAGCAAAGUUGGUUCAAGUAAUGAAGUGAGCAGUACUGUGGAUGUGGUCCAUGUGGAUGAGCUGCGUCAAAAUGCUGCUGGGAACGGAGAUGUGAACAUAUUCACAUACUCUGAGUUGAGAGCAGCAACCAAGAAUUUCCGCCCGGAUCUCAUUCUUGGAGAGGGUGGCUUUGGAAUCGUUUACAAAGGAAUAAUUGAUGAUAAUGUCAGGCCUGACUUCCCUUCAACACAGGUUGCUGUCAAGGUGCUCAAUAGAGAUGGCUUGCAGGGUGAUAGGGAAUGGCUGGCAGAGGUUUACCAUCUGGGACAGUUCAGCCAUCCCAAUCUUGUCAAGCUCAUAGGCUACUGCUGCGAAGAUGAGCACAGGCUUCUGGUCUAUGAGUAUAUGGCUUGUGGGAGCUUGGAAAAGCAUCUCUUCAGAAGGAUUUGCCUUACAAUGCCAUGGUCUACUAGGAUGAGGAUUGCUUUGGAUGCUGCUAAAGGGCUUGCUUUUCUUCAUGGAGCUACUCGACCAAUAAUCUACCGUGACUUUAAGACAUCCAACAUCUUGCUAGACUCGCGAUACAAUGCAAAGCUCUCAGACUUUGGUCUUGCAAAGGAAGGGCCUGUUGGUGACCAAACCCAUGUUUCCACCCGUGUCAUGGGCACAGAUGGGUAUGCAGCUCCUGAAUAUGUAAUGACUGGCCAUCUAACAGCCCGUAGUGAUGUUUAUGGCUUUGGAGUUGUGCUUCUGGAAAUGUUGAUAGGCAGGCAAGCUAUGGAUAAGAGCAGGCCAAGCCGGGAACAGAAUCUAGCGGAAUGGGCGCGCCCUUUCUUGGUCCACAACAGAAAGCUGCAGAAGAUCAUAGACUCGAGAAUGGAGGGCCAGUACUGCUUCACCAAAGCUCAGAAGGUGGCUGACUUGGCAUAUCAAUGCCUGAGCCAGAACCCCAAAGGAAGACCAACCAUGAGUCAGGUUGUUGAAAUCCUGGAGGUGGUGCAAGAGCAGGAUGACAAUGAGCAAGGCUUGCCAUCCCUGAGAUGGGACUGUGCAGCAGUCACCCUCUAUGAAGCUCCCAAAGAGGCAGUGAAUGGUAAUGCUGAUGAAAAUAAACCCCCCUCUGUUGCCAGAGGAGAGGAGAGCAGAAGGGAGGCUAACAGGGUGCGCAACCACCGGAGAAGAAGAGCCAGGCCUAGGCCAACCCUGAAAACCAGUAGCACCGGUGAGCUAUCAUCCAUGGAGAAAGAGAGCAUUAAAUCCCCAGAGUCUGAUGGCUCUGAGGUGCAUUCAAGAACAUCUUCUCUUUCUCUGCACGAAAAUGCUAAUGGAGAAAGCAUUCUCAGAUGAAUGGUAUCCUUGAUUUAGCCAUAAAACAUUUUGUGUCAUAUAUUGUGAAUGCUUUCUGAUCCUCAUGUACUUCUCCAUCCCAGUUAGUUAUUGAAACAGAUGCAAUGCUGUUACUAGAACUUACCAUUUGUGCACAUAAUCAUGUAUUUUGCCUCAUUCGAAUUUCAGCGAUGUUUUUGCCCUUUUCCUUUA